AUGAGUUCUUCAAGCUACAAAUGUCGUCGCUUCAAAAACAAGGUGGCUAUUGUGACAGCCGGCACCAAGGGGUAGGUCAAAUUUUCGCGCCAAAAAUUAUUUCCAUGAAAUUUUUCUAGAAUUGGGUUAGCUAUCGCUGAACGAUUGGGUUUGGAGGGUGCGAGUAUUGUGAUCGGAAGCCGAAAUCAGAAAAAUGUGGAUGAGGCGGUGGCGCAACUCAAAACCAAGGGUGUUAAGAAUGUGGCGGGUUUGGCCGGGGAUAUUGGAGAGGAGGUGGAGCAGAAGAGAUUGGUGGAUUUUGUGAGUUUUUUUGGACUGGUCCAUUAAGUCCUAUUGAAAGUUCAGGUUCUCAAAACACAAGUUUCAACUCUAAAUUUCUCGGUCAAAAAUUCAAUUCAACUUUCAGGAAUCUGAAAAACAUACUCCCAUUCAGAAAAAAACACUAGAAAACAUCUGCAGCGGCCAGGAAUCGAACCCGCGACCUUGUGAAGCAAACGCGAGCUCGCUAACCACUAUACCAAAGUGACAACAACAAUUUCACGUGAGAGAAGGCGAGAGAGUGUGACCGCAGAAGAGACGCGAGACGAAAAAGGGAUAGGAACAGAUUCCGUCCACUUUUUUAAAAUUUUUGCCGCGAAACCUUUUGAUUGAACAAAAAUUGUUGUGCCAAAAUUAGUUUUCAUUUUCCAACCCAUCCAACUUUUCAGACCCUCCAAACCUUUGGCAAAAUCAACAUUCUCGUCAACAAUCACGGCAUCAAUCUCUCAAUCGGUAAUAUUCUUGAAGUCUCCCAUGAAGAAUGGAACAAACUAUUCAACUUCAACGUAAUUUCCGGCUUCCAAAUGACAAAACUCGUCCAACCACAUAUCAAAAACCAAGGUGGUGGUGCGAUUAUUUUCAACGCCUCCUACAGCGCCUACUUUUCGCCACCAGCAUUCGCAGCCUACGCCGUCACCAAGACUGCAUUAGUCGGGCUGACUCGCGCUCUCGCUAUAGGCCUCGCCAAGGACAACAUCCGGGUUAAUGGAAUUGCUCCCGGUGUUGUCAAAACUGAGAUGAGCAGACCGCUUUGGGAGGCGGGACCGGAGGCGGAGAGGCAAAUCGCAGAGCUCACUGGAAUUGCGUUGGGUCGUUUGGGUGAGCCGGAUGAUUGUGCUGGAGCGGUCGCGUUUUUGGCGUCGGAUGAUGCGAAUUAUGUGGUUGGUGAGACUAUGAUUAUUGGUGGAGGAGCGCAAGCCAGAUUCUGA